ACAGCCUUAUGGAUCCCGUCCCCGCUCCCUGUUCCCUCAUACCCCGUCUCUCAACUCUCGACGGCGUCUUCCGCCGCCGCCGCCGCCGAAGCGGUGUUAUCGGAGUUGGCUCUUGGCUCUCCCUUCUCUGCCUGGCCGCGCAGGAGGACGACCUACGCCGGCCGUAAGCAAGAAAUUCCCAUUUUGGUUGUUUUGACCUCAAUUGGCGGCAUGAAACAUCAAAGGCAACCUAGUGUUUGUUUUGCUCCCAGAUCGCGCACAUUUAGUUUCAAGGGGGGAAAUGGAUCACUUAGGAAAACGAAACAAUGUAGAUUUGUGUCAAUGCCAAUGAGAAAGAUCGAAGAAGAAGUGAAGCAGGCGCAGGCAAUCCGAUCUAUCUUUAGGAAGGGAAGAAACAAAAAUGAUGUUGGUAGCAUGGUAUGUCCAUCCAUGCUGGUUACCAACAAACUACGCAAGAGCAGUUCCCUUCAAAAGGAUCAACACGGUAAUCAAGUCUUACCACAAUCCAAGCAACAUCUUGAUGUUUGUAAAGUUGAACAGUGGAACCACGAAGCAAUGAAAGAAGAUUUUCCAUCAAUGGCAGUAUGUCCUAAAUAUAGGCAUGCAAGUUCUUCGGAAAAACUAGCUAAGCCUACCCUCGAGAGCUCAAUUACUUCAAAGAUACAUGUAAAUGGUGUCAAAAUGUCAAGUUUACAACCAACAAACUUAAAGGCGAUGCCAGGGUUGGUUCCCAAGUCCACAUGGAUACAUAAGAGGAAUGAGAUGAAUGGUUGCGAUGAUAUAACCAAUGAUGACAAUCUUAGGAGUAGGAAAGAGUCGUUACCGGAAGAAAUGCCCAAGUCACAUGAUGAUACUAGUAGUGAAGGUGAGAAUCCAACUCAUCAGACAAUUAAAAGACGGAGAAAAUACAUAGGAUCAAAUGAAGAUGAAGAUGACAAUGGCAAUCAAAGUACAGAGGGUGUUGCAGAUGAUAUUUUGAAGAAAGGUCAUAAUAGAGUCACUAAGCCAUUUGUUGCCGAUUGUCUCAAUAAGCAAUGCUAUUGUUGCUCCAAGCCAAUCGACGAACCUGUCUGGAGUGGUCUUCUUAAUAUCGGCAAUAAGGUGUACAUACCAUUAUCUGGUCAUUUGUCAACUAAAUCAUGUGAGAAGGUGCACAAUUUAUCAAAAUCGUUGUCGCGUGUGGUUGAAGUGGCUAAACUACCUAGGUCAAAGGUUUGGCCUAAGAGAUGGGAGGCAUCAAGACCUAUAGAUGAUAACAUUGGUUUAUACUUCUUCCCUUAUAAGAUGAGGCCUGACAAUUCCCAUGACAAGCUACUUAAGUCAGUAAUGGAGAAUGAUUUAGCCUUACGGGCCAUUAUCGAUGAUUCCGAGAUGCUGUUGUUCCCUUCUAAUUUGCUUCGUAAACGAUAUCAGACGUUCCAAAUGAAACACUACUUGUGGGGUGUAUUCAAGCCCAGGAAAGUUGAAGGGAAACAGGAUGCUGCAUUGCAUCAUCCGGACUGCACCACUGGAGCUACAGCAUUUACUGCUAAUGAUACAGCCACCGGGAUUGCUACUGAUGCUGCUUGCAUGCCCCAAGGAGCUUUCGGGGUUGCUACUGUUAGCAUACCCACUGAAGAUGCUACUAAUGCUCCUUUCGUACCUUCAGCAAAUCAUGGACAGAUGGACUCAUCAAUCAUGGGUGCACCCCCCGGCAGGAUGAUUGCAUUUGUCGUCAAAGAGACCCCGAGGAUCGAGCAGCUCAUCCGGGAGAUGCAACGGGAAGGCGUCUUGGUCAUGCAAGGGGAGAUGAUGAGUACGCCAGGCAGUAUACCAACUGUGACGCAGCGCGGGCAGCCAAGCAAGGCAUGAGUGUGGCUCACCGGAAGUACCCAACGGAUGGCGUCUCAGGCUCUCAGCCUCACAAGGAGCAAUACAAAGUGGCGUUGGCUGUGACAGCUCUUUAGGAAGCAGCGGCAACUUUUUUCUGAAAGUUUUGCGAGCAGGAAGGGGACUUGAAUCAUAGCAUGCUAGCUCCUCGCGUGCUAUGUAGAGGAUGCAUAGAUUAGUGCAUGUGCUGUUGGUUUGGCUCGUGGCUCCUUGUGGAGUGGUACACUACCACUUGAGGCCGUGUUCAUUACUACCAUUCGAAGCCAUGUUCAUCCUGCACGGUUGUGAAGUCCUAUCUCUGUACAAAGUUCUUAUUACUGUAACCUUACCUUAAGCCAUUAAUUGCUUUGCCUGUACAAAAUUUCUAUCAAAUCCAAA